CUCCUUCCCUCCACCAUGGAGUACCUCUCUGCCCUGGACCCCAGCGGCCUGCUCCGGUCAGUAACCAGUAUGAGCUCCGAAUUGGGCCGUAGGGUCUGGACCUCGGCUCCACCACCCCGGCGACCUUUCCGCGUCUGUGAUCACAAGCGGGCCACCCGGAAAGGCCUUACAGCUGCCACCCGCCGGGAACUGCUAGACAAGGCACUGGACACUCUGAUGCUGAGUGGAGUGCUAACACUUGUGCUGGAGGAGGAUGGGACCACAGUGGAGAGCGAGGACUUCUUCCAGCUGUUGGAGGAUGACACAUGCCUGAUGGUGCUGGAGUUGGGACAGAGCUGGAGCCCCAGCAGGAGUGGGGUGCUGUCGUAUGGCCUGGGCCGAGAGAAGCCCAAGCACAGCAAGGACAUCGCCCGCAUCACCUUUGACGUGUACAAGCAAAACCCUCGAGACCUCUUUGGCAGCCUGAACGUCAAAGCCACGUUCUACGGGCUCUACUCCAUGAGCUGUGACAUUCAAGGACUCGGCCCAAAGAAAAUACUCAGGGAGCUCCUCCGAUGGGCCUCCGCACUGCUGCAAGGCCUGGGCCACAUGCUGCUGGGAAUUUCCUCCACCCUUCGUCAUGCAGUGGAAGGGACUGAGCGGUGGCAGCGGCAGGGUCGCCUCCAACCCUACUGA